ACGCUUACGAUGGUAUCGCGUCUACACUUAUGAUUAUAGUCAACUGUUUAUAUCAGUGACAGAGAACCGACGCGAUAAAGGAGACGUACAUGAACUGAACGAAAACCGUGUUCGUGUGCGAAUAAUGACGUGAUUGUAUCGCACUUUAUAUUAACAUCGUUGAACAUCAGUGCGAAUGAUUGAUUUAUCGGAAGAAGAGUUUGGUUCAAGAUGGGUGUGCCGAUGGUGAAGAACUGUUGCUGUAUCGCCAGCUUACACACGGGUACACUUAUUAUUGGAUACGUGUAUACGGUAUGGGCGCUCCUGGAGCUGGCGGGCUACAGCCUUCUGGUAACGUUCGCACCGAUCAGCUCGCCGGAGGGCGGGCGUGUGUCAGCCCACCGCCGCGUGCUGUACAUCGCCGCCGCGCUCGUCAGCGGGUUACAUCUGCUGUGCUCCCUCGUGCUUAUCUUCGCUGCAUAUAAGAAGCUAGCGUCCCUGACGCUCCCGUGGACGAUCGUGACCGGCAUCAUGACCGCGCUGUUCUUCGUGAUGUGUCUCACUGGUAUCAGCCUCAUCCUGCAGGACUCCGGCGAGAUGUUGGAGAUAGAAUCUGUCGUUAUUGCGGUACAUCUCGCACGAGCUUGUAUAUCAGUGUAUUGCAUUAUAGUGGUUCAUAGUCGUCACAAGCAGAUCAUGUUCGAGGAAGACGAAGUGAGGUUCCAGCGCUCGGGCAGGCUGUACCGGCCGGUCCAAACGACCGAGCCCACUCCACUACCUGCUGGUCUUACCCGUGCCUAGUCACCGAUAAUUAUUCUAUCCUUCUAAUUUUACAUAAUAUUAAGUUAACUUUAAGUGGAUAUAUAAAUUAAGUUAUUGGAGCUAUUAAAUUACAAUGUUAUAUAAA